GAGAAAGAUAGAACAGAAGAAUAGUAUACUAAUAAUACAUCUCGCCAGAUACUUUAUUUAUACACGUAUCUAAGUACGUAUGCGAAUACAUGGAAAACGAAUAGAGCGUUCUGAAUGCAGUUUAUUAUCUCUGCUUUUACAAUGAUUUAACAAUGACAAACAAUAGGUGGCAAAUUACAGAUGUAAUUCUAGAAUGGCAUUGAUGAACAAGGUUAUCAUUUGAUAUGAAUGGAUAAAGUUUUAAGCGAGAACAAGGCUUUUUCUAAUUUUUGAAAAAGUUUCAUUUCUUUUGGAAAAAAUCGUGUAAAAAAAUGAUAUUUCUUUUGAAAAUAACGUAGACAAAAAUAAAACUCUUUUUGAAAAUUCGAAAAAGUCAUGUUCUCGCUUAAACCAUUAUCUUUAAAAUGAUAUCUCGUUCGUAAAAAUUGAUCAAGGAUCAAGCUUGGAAUCGUUUUUGGCGUAGAUGCUGUUUUCGACAUUUUUCGUGAAAAAGAAUUUUAUAUAGUGGCGCCCCUUGAACUUUGCGGUAAAAGAGAGGAAGCUCGUACCCCCACCAUUAAUUUUUAUAUAAACCUUCGAGCGUUACCUAUUCCAUGUGUCGUCACAGUAUUUAGGCAUUAGAGUUUUCCGUACGAAUUCUCAACAAAUCGUGUUUUUAUAACUCAGACACGUGACCAUAGAUAUACCGAUGAGAUACGAUGCCAAAUACGAAACGGUUCUUUUGUUUUCGACCUCUGUUCGUUCAUUAUCGAUUCUACUAGUCUUUCUGCGUUAUAAUCGUAUCACCACUUGGUAAUAAUCGUUUUUCUUUUUAUUCCGUUUUUUAUAUCGAUUUUAUUUUGAUUAUCUUAUUGAUUUAACGAAACUGUUAAUUCGUAUGAUAUUCUUUUAUGAAAUCGACGUGAAGAACAAGAUGUGUUUAUUCAGUCAUCGUUACAAAGCUAAUAAUUCUCACCCAUUUAAUUAAAUAUUUUCAUAAAUUAAUUUUAAACGUACGCUUGCGUUUAUUAGAUACAAAUUUUCAAGUUCAAAUCGACUUCGCAAACGUGUGUUGUUAACAAAACAAAUAAGUCAAUGAUUUCGACGAUUUUUGAAUUAAUUAUCUUUUGUAUUUAAUAUAUAAUGUACACGUGUGAGCUCUCUUUCUCUAUAUAAUUAAGCUUGAAUAAUUAAUACUUUUCAAUAUACGAAUUUUAUUCUUAUUAUCGUUAUUGAUCAGUGAUAUAAGUAGUAGCGAAAAAAAGGGAUCAGUCUACCAUUGAAUCUCAAACAAAAUAAAUACAGCGAUUCUCUUAUUUCAUACUCGCAGAUUAGAAUAAAUAAUUUCUUCGAUUAUUUGACAUUCAUUUAAGAUAUAUAAAGCACUUUAAUGAACUGUUAUUAAUCGAUAUAUAACAAUCAUUUAUAAUAAUUAAGUUUGUAUAUUCGUUUGAAAAUUAUAGUCUGUAACACAUAGUAAACAUGAAAGAAUCUUAAUUAAAGAUUUCAAUAUUUACAAAUUUUGAACUCGCGGUCGUUGGUUACGUGUAAUAUCAAUAAAAAUAAACUCUUGACUGAGUUUGGAUGAUACCAGAUUACUUUUGUAUUCCGAGGAGUGAACAUCGAAGUUCUCUCUCUUGAAGAAAGGAAUCGAUAUCGUUUGGUUCUUCGUCAUCUUGGGACAGCAUGCUCAUCGUGCAACCAUCAACAAAGACUUAAACUAAAUAUAUUUUUAUAUGAAACAUUAUUUUAAUAUUUUCGUCUCUUAUUAUAACGAUGAUAUUAAUUUUUUUUUGUUUUUUUAUAUUCUAUUCGUAUUAUUGAUGACUUAGAUUUCUCUUUAAUUUUUAAAUAAUAGUAGUAGUAAUAGUAUAAAAGAACAGAGUUAGCAUUAGCCUGUUUUUGAUAUUAUUUACAAUUUUAAUAAGAAAUAAAAAAUAUAAUAUUUGUAAUAAUUAACAAUCUGCAGAAAAUCUGCAGAAAAAUAUAAUCUAGCAUACGAUUUCUUUUUGCUUUUGUCAGAUGUACUGCUAUUUUUACUACGUACAAAAAUUUCUGUCACGCAUUAACUCGAUUGUUGAGUCAGACGUGGGAGGGAUGAUCGCUGAAGUCGGUACGAUAGAAAAAUGGUAAACAACCUUAAAUGAAGUUGUUUUUCUCGAAUUAAUUUCGAUUGUUCGAUUCACACGUUGUACCUGACAUCUGUCAUGCAAUAGAAAAAAUGUUGUCCUAAAAUACAAAUUUACAAGUGCAAUUAAAAAAUAAUAUAUAUCCUAUAUUUACAUUUAAAUUACUCGUGAAUAGAAUAUUGUCAAUAUAAAAUGGAUAGAAAAUAGUUAAACACAAAAAAAAGGAGAUAGAACUAUGGCAGACCAAAAGAAAAUAAAUACAUCGCAAAAGAAAAUAGAGGUAGCAGAGGAUCCUGGAGGAGCUGGAGAGGGUAAAAACGCGAAGAAAGGAAAGCGAUUUACGAAAUACGACCUUGGCAAACGAUGGCAUCGUUUUCGUGUCUUAACACCGACCUCUUCGAUUCUACGUGGUUCCUUUGCGAUGAACGAUAAUCAUUUCAAAUUUAGAAGCCGUGGUCGUCAAGCAGCACCAUGUUCAGUCGUCGCAAUCGUUUAUGGUCGAUUAUUCGAGCCUAAAGAAUGGAUACAGGAUUACGUAGAUCAAGUUAUUGAGUACGGAGAUAAAUUAUUUCGCAUCAGUAUGAUGAGAAAUCGCGUGAAGGAAAGCGAGUACAUGAAAGCUAUCCUGGUACAUCCAGAAUUCUAUAUCGGCAAUUAUAAGAUUUUAAUUUGCGUCGAGGAGACUGGUAUUUAUGGUAAUCUAUUUAGCGAGGCCGCAGGAUGUUCAGAUUUUGCCGACGGCGUAAUACAAUUUUUCGACAGCAAUGACGCUGGCAUUAUUACUGCUCAAGGUACGUCGGUAGCAAUGUGGCGUCAUUCCGACGUUGGUUUUUUACUUUUUGAUCCUGGACCAUGCGGAGAGAAUGGUCUACGUCAUCAAAAUGGGGUCGCUUGUUUGCUCAGAUUCAAAUGCAUGAACGACAUGCGUAAUCACUUUCUAAAGAAUAUGAACAGAUAUUACGAUUCGAGAUACUGUAUAGACAAAAUAACUAUUUUACGAGUAAGCGAGGUGGGUCGUGGUUACAUCGAUAAAGUUACCGAUGGAACCGAUUUGGUAGUUGACAGAAGCGUUCUUAGAUCUAUUAAUCCCGUUGAUAUAGACGAAAAUAAGAUGGAUUGUACGAGGCCUGUUCCUAAAAGUGAAAAGAUCAAGGUAAUACCAGGUGCGAAAUUUCACAAAGAACCAUUGACCAUAACUAUUUCGAAUUAUAGUAUCGAUAAAAAGUUUGCUACGGAACCAUUGGUCGACCAGAGUACUUUCGACACUGGUUAUCCUUACGAUAACAUGCAGGUUAAUAUACCUUCGACUUUUCGAGACUUACCUAGAAAAAUGGCAAUUCUUCAUGGCUUGACUCAUGAAGCUAGCGACAUAUACAAAGGUAAAGGUGGUCAAAAUGUGGCUAAUUGUGUGAUGGCUAUUGCUAUGAAGAAGAUUCAUCCUGUGAAGACCUGGUUGAGACCUAAAUUAGACGAGAUAUUGACAUUAGGUGACCAACUUUAUUCAACUAUAAAGACUGAAAAGCCUUUCAUCAAGACGAUGACUGCUGCUGAUCUCAAUGAUACUUAUAUUCAAGUGGAAGAUCAUAAACUAGCGAUUGACGUUGACCUCAUGACUAUUACUGGAACGGUUACUUCGAAACUUCUGGAUAUACUUAAUUUAAAGCAAGCACUACAUGAAUUUUUCUUGGUUAAUAGCGAAGGUAUCAUUGAAACUCCUUUGAUGGCUGUAGCUAUAUGGACUCAAGAUGAUUUUUAUUAUGCUUUCGAUCCACGUUAUUGCGAUAGUUUGGGUAAUAGAAUUAUCGAAGAAAGAGUUAAGGGUGGCAAAGGUGCUAACAGUAAUGCAACAAAACAAGUUCAUGGAAAAUGUUGCGUCAUAAGAUUCCCAGAAUCUGAUGAUCUCGCUGUGUGGUUUACCAAGAAUCUUGAACAAGCUCGAAAGAACGAUCGAUUUACCAUACGACACAUUACAAUACCGGAAGAUAUCCCUGGCACUAGAGCUUGGAAUGAUUUCGAGCCAGCAACAUCAGGCAAAACUUGGAUUCUUCGUGGUGGAAUCUCUAACGAAGAUGAAUUAUUCGAAGAUAACAGUAGAGGUAUUCAAGGUUUGACUAUACCUGUAGUAUCUUUGAUUAUUGCCAAAGAAACACCGCCUGCAAAAUGGACAAAGGAGGUCAUCGACGAAGUUAUUCGAGACGGUGACGCCUAUUACAAUGUUUGCUAUCCACCAGAAUUAAUGCUUGAAGAGCGGCCAUUACUUGUAAGUAAUUUGAAGAAAAAUUUUUAUCUAAAAAAUAGAAAAGUAAAGUUUGAAUUAGACGAUUCUGUAAUAACCGGUGAUUUGAAUCCAACCCCUGGACAUGAUGUGUUAAAUUUAGAAGAAGGAAUUAAGAAAUUUUUUGAGAAUUAUCAAUAUGGUAUCGUCGAGGUAGGAAACUUGGCCGUUGGGAUUUGGAAAUUUGAUGAAGAUAUGAAAUACAAGCUUUGCGAUAAAAAUGAUGAAAAAGUGACGUAUUAUUAUUGCUUCGAUCCAAAUCCUCGUGGAAGAUUAGGCAAUGCGGGUGUAGCGGUGGGAGAAGAGGAAAAUGUUGCUUGUGUGAUACGAACACUCAAUCCUGCUGAUCUGUCUUCUUUAAUCGCAGUAAAUGCUGCUAUAUCACGGGCUCGUGGAAGCGAAUAUUUCAUUCAUAAUUUGAAAAGUUUGUCUGUAGGUACACCGAUGACAGAAGACGAAUUAGAAACAGAUAAGCAAGCUCCAGAAGAACUAGAGGUAUAUCAUUACUCGAGGCUAGCCGAAGGUGGCGCAAUAUUACAAGGUAGUUUCAAUCAAGCAAACGAAAAGACGUUUAAGAGACUAAUGCGGGACAAACAACAAGCGGCGAGUUCUUUGGCUGCUUUAGCCAUGACGAAACUUUAUAAUCCGCAUUUAUGGUAUCGCGAGGUCGUCGAUGAUAUAUUGAAAAUAGGCGACAAGGUAGCAACAAAUAAUGUUAAUAAUUUACCAGAGCCAGAUAUAGACGAAGAGACAAGAAAUUUUCUUUUGCCGAUUGAAGUAAGUGAAAACUUUGCCAUAGGUGUCAAUCAAAUGAAUGUAAGUGUGGAAGAAGAGUUUCUUACUGGAAAACUCAACGAAAUCAAUAGGCUUUUUGAACAAUUCUUUGAAAAUAAUACUAUGUGUGUAAUCAGACAGGACAAUAUCAUGAUGGCGGUUUGGAAAGAAGGCGAGAUUUUUUUCAUGAUGGAUCCUAGAGGUAGGGAUUCCCGUGGUGAACCUUCGGAAAGAGACCCAGCAGCUGUGAUGUGGUUCACAAAUCUUCCAUCUUUGAUUGACAAAAUUAGGAUAGGUUUUAUCGAAGGUGAAUCAGAUAUAAUACUUGAGAACGUGACUUUGAACAAUGCAUUUCAAACACGUGUUUCUGAAAUGGAUCGUGUUACACGUACUACUUCUGGCGAUGAUCUUUGGCAUCAUUUUCCUAAAUUUGAUGAUGGUGUUUGGAGCAUUGGUGGGAACGUCAAAAUGUCAGACGCUAGAUUUGACGAAAGUAAUCGUAACAAUCAGACUGCAGCUAUCGCCACAAUGGCUAUCAUUUUCUCCAAAGUGUGCGAACCACGAUAUUGGACCACUGAUGUUGUCGACGAGGUUAUCAUUACUGGUGAUAAACUACACUCGAAAUGCGUCGAGAGACUUGGAGAAGGCAAAGUACCGCGUAUCAAUGAAAUCAUCACGGAAUUCUUUCUUUCUUCGCGUCGAAUCGAUUUAACGGUCAAGGAUUGCAUCGAAGCCGGCGAUCUUAGUGGGAAACCACCUAAACUACAAAACUUGCAGAGUGGAUUAGAUAAAUUUUUUCAAAACUACGACUCUGGUAUAUUAAUUGCGAAUGAUAAUCGACACAUACCCAUUUGGAAGUUUCAGGACAUCUAUUAUACUCUCAUACCUGAUUGGAUCACUCGCACCGAAGAGGAGGAAACAAUAGCACCAAGAGUAUUCCGAUUUAAUAAUACCACAACUUUGUUUGAAUAUUUAUUAAAUCAUCUUGGAAGAGAAGGCGAUUAUGAGAUCACAGCGAUCGACGUUGUUGAUUGGAAUAAAUUAGCACCAUGGAAAUUCGAUCCCAGUCCAGCAGUACGUCCAUCGAACCUGCCACCAUUAAACGCUUAUCGUAGACUCCAAGGAGAAGCUCGUGCGAUUCUACGAGGAAAGUAUCAUCAAGGCGACGACAUAUUCCCAGAAAUUUUACGUAACAAGCAAACGGCUGCGAAUUGCGUAGUCAGUCUUGGAAUGUCCGUAAUCAAGAACCCUAUCACAUGGACGAAAAAAACGAUGAAUGAGAUUCUUCUUAUCGGCAGUAACGUUCAUCGCGAAACUAUGAAGGCGAAGCCUGGAAAAUUGAGAGUGGUACCUCAGGACAUAAUUAGAAUCUUUUACGUAGGUGUUAAUAUCUUGACCGCAGAUAUAGAAUCUAACACGGUAUCAGGUAUAGUUUCUAUACCGCCAGUUGAUCCCGAGGAAAAGAAAAAGAAAAAGAAAGCUGUCAAAAAAAAAGCUGCAGGAAAAAAAGCUAGAACGGUCAGGGUUCGAGCUCCUCCACCACCACCUAUUUUACUCGAGGAGGGUUUGAAAAAAUUUUUUGAAAAUAAUCGUGCUGGAAUAUUGGUUACUGGUCGUGGCAUGAUAGCCAUUUGGAAGGACAUGGGUGUUUAUUUCAUGUACGAUCCUCGUGCACGUAACAAUCAAGGUCUUCCGGAUUUCUACGGAACCUCCUGCGUCAUGUGGUUCGCCUGUAUGGAACCAUUUUACGAAUUGAUCUUUGCAAACAUCGACGAACAAGAAAAAUAUACUACUUAUCAGAUCUCUCGCGUGAUAAUAAAUACGGCAAUGAUCGAACCAUUGCCAUGUCCUGCUGAUUUCCGUCCAUAUUUCGAUUGCAUAGCACCGCCUACACCUCUUACAACGAUGAAGAGGACGACAACGUUGGCUGUUGAAGUUGUGACAGAUUAUUACGUCGUUGAUGAAGAACAAAGUGUUCUACGUGGUACUUUGCACAUGAAUCAUCGUCUGUUUGACACAAGAAAUAGAGGACUCCAAAGUACUGCCAUUGCCGUAGUUGCUAUCGUAGUUGGCUUGUUACACGUUCCUUCUUCUUGGACACCAGAGCUGGUCGAUGCUAUAUUGAAAUACGGAGAUCAGUUACAUUCUGAUAGCGUUCGUGCCGCACGUCCAGGUGCCAGAAAUCUCUCACCAAGCGAACUCUUGACUGUUUUCAUCGUAGGUGAUUUUCGGGCUACCAUACACAUCCACAAUCAUACCGCAGCUGGUCUCCUAUUAGUCUAUGAUUUAUCUGAAACUUUAAACAUGUUUUUUCGUACAAAUUGUGCCGGUAUAUUGCAUACUACCAACAUGGCUGUUGCUGUUAUGCAACAUUAUGGAAAAUUUUAUCUUUUCGAUCCGUGCUCUCGCAACGAACAGGGUCUAGCUAGUUUCGAGGGUGCUGCUUGUGUAAUAAAAUGCGACAAUAUCAUGAGAAUGGCCAAAAUAUUCAUCAUGAAUUGUAAUUUGAGAACACCCAAUGUUUACACUUUGAAUGCCGUGAAUAUAUUGAGUCUGCAUUUCUUCUCGGAUGCCAAAUCAUCUUGUCCAGUUAAAUGCGAGCAGUAACGUGUUAUCGAUGUAUAUACUAAAUUAUAUUAAUGUAACUUGUAAAAUUAUAUUUAAUUAUAACGGGUGUAAUAAUUCUGUAAUAAAAAAUACCAUCACAUUGCUUAUCCAAUAUAUUUAUAUAUUGAGAUUUAAUUUUUUUUUUUUCGACUUUCUAAAUAAAUUUUAACUACGAAGGUAUGUGAAUAAAGUAACGUCACGCUCGCGACAACAUUCUCAAAUGGCUAAUUUUAUUUAUAGGUUUUCUUUAUGACACAAAUCACUUUUAGCAUCUACAUGAGUAGGAGUACAGGCUAAUACGAGAAUGAAUUUGAUACAGAUCACUUAAUAGUGUAAAUACAAUGUUUCUUUCAAAUUACACGCUAUAAACUAGAUACUUAGAAAACACUGUACAACGCAGCUGAGAACUGUCGAUGAUACUUUACAAUAUGAUACAACCACUCAUUUUGUUUUCUUUUAUUUUUUUUUUUUGAAGCGAGACGAUUCCUUAUAUAUCGGUGGUGUUGUCCGUUUCUUUUCUUUUUUUUUGUUUUUUUAUGUUCUUUCUCUCUCCCCCUGUUAUUUCUUUUUGUUCUCUCUCUCUCUCUCUCUCUCUCUCUCUCUCUCUCUCUCUUUUAUAGUUUCUCCUUAAAGUUUACCGACCGUCACGAGAAUCUCGUUGUAACAUAAACAACACAUUAUCGCGAACGCACAGAACAUAUCCGAUAGGCCAUGUUUGAACGGGUCCAUGGGACUCACCAUUAAAAAAAAAAAAAAGAACCAACGUUCGCUUGCUUACCGUUUCGCGUCUUUUGCUUUUUUUUCUUUUUCUUUCUUUCUUUCUCUUUUAUUUAUUUAUUUACUUUUUUUUUUCUAACAUGGAAGAG